GUGUCUUGGCGAAGCUGGAUGAGCCCCAAAUCUCUAAACAGCUUACCUGAACUUGGCUGGAUCUCAAAAGUGUAUGUGAAUCGACCUGCAGUGGUGAGGCAUGCAGAACAAAUUAAAAAAUGGAAAACUGUGAAAGGUAAUUGGCAAGCAGCUUGGCUGCUGAAAGCUGUCACCUGCAUAGACCUCACCACUCUCUCAGGUGACGAUACCCCUUCGAAUGUUCAAAGGCUGUGUUUUAAAGCAAAGCACCCUAUCAGAGAGGAUCUGCUCAAAGCCUUGGACAUGCAUGAUAAAGGUAUCACUGCUGGAGCAGUUUGUGUGUAUCCUGCAAGAGUCCCCGAUGCUGUGAACACCCUCAAGGCUGCUGGUUGUGACAUACCAGUGGCUUCAGUGGCUGCUGGGUUUCCAUCUGGACAAACUCCUCUGGAGACCAAACUGGCUGAAAUAAGGCUGGCAGUGGAAUAUGGUGCCCGAGAGAUCGACAUUGUCAUCAGCAGGAGUCUGGUGCUCACUGGCCAGUGGGAGGGGCUCUACGAGGAGAUCCGUCUGUGCCGUGCAGCCUGUGGAGAAGCUCACAUGAAAACAAUCCUGGCUACAGGUGAACUGGGCUCCCUUGCCAAUGUCUACAAGGCCAGUAUGAUAGCUAUGAUGGCAGGUUCUGAUUUUAUAAAGACCUCUACAGGAAAGGAGGUGGAAAAUGCGACCUUUCCCGUCGGCAUAGUCAUGAUGAGAGCCAUUAAGGAGUACUACUGGCAGACUGGCUACAAGGUUGGAUUUAAGCCUGCAGGGGGCAUUAGGACAGCCAAAGAAGCUAUUACUUGGCUUAUGCUGGUGAAGGAGGAGCUGGGAGUGGAGUGGCUGACACCAGAGCUCUUCCGCCUGGGUGCCAGUAGUUUACUGGGAGACAUUGAGCAACAGAUUUUCUAUCAUGUGACUGGCUCUUACGCACUUCAGCAUGAACUGGCAAUGGCUUAGACACAAAACCAACUCAGGAUUACUUUUACAAGAGAGGUCUUUAAGCAAACAGCAUUCAGAAGUCUCCUGACAAGCAAGUGCAUAUGAUAGAAUUAAAGGCCUAAUUCUCCCUUCUUCAUAGUUUAUGGUAUUUAAAAAUAUGCUCAAGUCUGCUGGUUGUACUUGAUCCAAAAGCAGAAGAAAGUGGCAUUUCUGAAAUAGUCAAAUAGUUAAUACAUACAGAUUUGCAAAGUUAAUCUUGCAAAGUUCCUCAGACCAGCCUGAAAAGCUUAUUAAUGGCAACACUGAAAUACUAUGAAGAAGAUUUAGGUGGCCUGGUAACACUUGCAGUCACAGAAUAUGAAAUGCCUAUGGAAUGUUUCAGAUUGCUAAUUAAGAGCUACUGAUCUUGGAAUAGAUUUCCAUUCACCUCAGACACUUCUGGCACAGAUGUGUUGCACUAUUAAUUGUUCUGUUGAUUCAGUUUCAAGCAUUGUGAUGGG